AUGGGGCCGCUCACGUCAGCCUACAGCUGCUGCUCGUGGCCCUCUGCCCGUGCCCUCACCCUCACCCACCUGCACGGCGGCGCUGAUGGCAGCCUACAGGUGCUGCCCAUCGCGCCCUGCCUGCACCCCCGCCUACUCCAAGCGCUGCUGCAUGCGCUGCUAGCGCCACACGGGGGAGCUGGGGGAAACGGGACAGCGGAGUGGGCGUGGGGAAAAGCAGGUGUGCAUGAGACAACUCGUGUGAAGAGUUGUAGGCGCAAACAGGUCUACCCGACCUACCCCCACCUCCCCUGUCCCCUCCUCCUUCGUCUCCCUUUCCCCCACGCCGCGUCAUCAAACGGUCGUGCGCCUAGUUCCGUUCCCCCUUCGUUCCCCGCAUCCCCGGCCCUCACUUCCCCUGCCUUCUCCGCCUCCGGAAUCAAAGGCGGAGAGGAGGGAGGUGGGGGGGGAAGGAGAUGGCAACGUAGGCAGGCGAGCGCGAGGGCGCGCAGCCAGGGGGAAGCGGGGAGGCACAUGGCGAGGGAAGCGCGCAGCUACAGGGAGGCGAAUGGGGACAUUGCGGAAAGCGCGCAGCUACAGGGAGGCGAAUGGGGACAUUGCGGAAAGCGCGAAGAGAGGGGAAUGGCGCGGAGGGAGCGCGGCGCAGGGGAGAACGCGAGGCUUGUGAGGAAAUACCUUGUACGCACCACACACCCACAAGCGCGCAAAGCCUCUACUCGGGAUGCAUCCACAUCUCCGCUCCGCCUUUUUCGUCUCACGCGCCCCCCCCUCUCCCUUCAUCUCCCCCUCUCCCCCUCUCCCUUCAUCUCCCCCUCUCCCCUCAUCUCCCCAUCUCCCUUCAUCUCCCCCUCUCCCCUCAUCUCCCCCUCUCCCUUCAUCUCCCCAUCUCCCUUCAUCUCCCCCUCUCCCCUCAUCUCCCCCUCUCCCUUCAUCUCCCCAUCUCCCUUCAUCUCCCCCUCUCCCUUCAUCUCCCCCUCUCCCUUCAUCUCCCCCUCUCCCUUCAUCUCCCUGUCUCCCCUCAUCUCCCCCUCUCCCCUCAUCUCUCCCUCUCCCCUCAUCUCCCCCUCUCCCCUCAUCUCCCCAUCUCCCCUCAUCUCCCCAUCUCCCCUCAUCUCCCCCCACUCCCCUAAUCUCCCCCCUCUCCCGUCUGUUUCCACCCCACCCUCUCCCGUUCCCCCCAUCUCCCCGCUCCCAGGGAAUGCCAGGCAUGGGCUGCGCGUGCCGUGUUGGUUUGCUCUCCGUGUCGCUCACGGGGCGCCCAUGACGCCAUCGCCACGCCAUGGCUGCUGGGCGCCACACCAAGCCAUGCCAUGUCGGUGUCGUCGUGCAUCUCUGCCUGCGCACUGGGGCUGCCUGCCCACCCACCUCUGCCACCACCGCCACAGCAAGCGCCGCCACAUCAUCAGCUACAUUAGGGUGGAGCAGGAGCAACCAUGUCGGGAUGGCAGCAGCGUCGUUGCCGCAGUGCAGGACGGUUCAGCGUAG